AAUCAACCUUAUUUUGAGUUCCGAUGAAUUUAAAACAAAUAGAAAAGUACUACAGCAAGUUAAACAAGAAGGAGAAGCGGAUGAAGAUCUACUAUAACCCUAGAUACACUACAAAGACAGUCAAGGGACGCAGGCAUGCAUACAUGAAAGAGCUAGUGAAGGAGAGACAGAAGGAUCUCGAGUGGUUCGGAAAAGAUCCAUAUAUUAACCCUUUCGAAGAGAAAACCAAGUUUCUCAAAGACCUUAAAAUAUACAUGCAGAAGGGGUUCAAACAUCAAUUUGAUGAUUAUAAAGAUGUGCUUGGAGAGCCUAACUCUCCGGUAUUUUUUGAGAAUUUCCAAACCCGUGCAAAGUCAUUAGAUCAAGCACAUAAAAGGCUCAGAAUUGAUCUCAGAGGCUUUCCUGGCAAAAAGCCUACAUUUCAUAACAAAGAUGUAAAACCUUAUUUUCACAGAAGAACCCCAGUUUUACAAAGCCCUCCUGUUAAAAACAAAACUGGAGUUUUAUUAAAGCCAUAUUCAGGUCCAAUUCAAUCCGCCGAAAUUUCUUUGGUCAAUAAAAAUGUAAAAACCCAAACUUUGAACUCUAUAAUCCCAACUUCUCCUCAAAAUCUUUCUCCUAAGCCCUCUAAAAUCCCUCGCUUCUUGGGCAGAAGGAUCCAAUCACCCAACCUCCGAAUCGAUACCCAAAAACUCCGGCUCUUCUCACCCAAAAAUUCCAGCCAAAAUGAAUUCCAUAAGAAGCUAGGUCUCGACAAGCUUCAUAACCGGCACUUCAACAUUAGAAAUGAAAAAGAGAGCCCUGAAAUCACCUGGUCAAAAAUAGUUCCGAAACCUUCAAAUUCUCAAAGUAUAAAACAUGCUGAACAGACAACCAUAGAUACGUUAAGAGUUCAUCCAGUAACGCAUAAUAACCGGUUAAGAUAA